ACACUGGUUUUAUUUUUGCAAUGUUUUUGACUUUUUGUCACUUCACUUUCGUAAAAAACGAAAACAAGAAAAUAAAAACAAUCUGGACUACAUCAAAACUACCUUUAUUUAUUUGCUGAAAUAGGACUACAGAAAAAAAGCAAAAUUUCACUUCUACGGGCGCUAUUAAGACGAAUAAUGGAAGACAACGUGUCAAGUGAAGAAGACGAAGUUCAGGAGGGGCCUGAGGGUGGCGGCCCGUCUGUCGAUGGUGAAAGUGCAGGGACAGAUGAGGAGGAGCAGCAGUUCGACAUUUCACUUGCUGCCUCACACUCUUACAUGGGUCCCCGAUUAGUGGCGGUGAGUGGUCGCGAACGAGCGGUGAUCGAGCCAGGCUGGGAGGGCCGCGUGCCUGUGCUGGCCCACCAUGGCACUGUGUUCCCUGGAGAAACGGUUCCCAUGCUGCUCACGUAUGGAGAUGAUCUGACUAUCAUGGCGCAGGCCAUGCAAACUGACAAGCUGUUUGGACUGCUAUGCCCCGAUGAGAGCGGCACCAUGGUGUCGGGCUACGGCGUGCUGUGCGAGGUGUACGAGCGUGGUGGGAGCGAGAGCGACGAGGACGCGGAGGGGGAGGGGGAGAUGGCGGGGGACUGGCGCAGGCCGUGGACAUCGCGCUCGUUCAAGGCGCGCGCCACGCACCGCUUCCGCUGCAAGCAGAUGCCCAAGCACGCCGUGCCCAUACACGCCUUCGACAGGAUGCGGCUGAUGGAGGUGCGCGUGCUGGCAGAGGUGAGGCUCGGGGACCCGCUGCGCCACGUGCGCCUCACCAGCCUCGACCCGCUGCGCGGCGACCACUCCCAGCUAGCGCGGCGGCUGCGCGGCAUGGACGCGACGCUAACGCCGUGGCCGCUCUUCGUGUACGACAUCUUUGACUUCCGCCGCAUGCGACAUGUCAUUAAGGAGUACUUCAAGACGAUGGCCAUGGAUUCGACAGAGAACAUCCCUGAAGACGCCGUGGCGCUGUCGUUCUGGACGGCCUCCAACCUGGCGCUGUCGCCGCGCGAUCGCUUGGCGCUGUUCGUGGUCGACGACGCGCUGCUGCGGCUGCACAUGGAAGUGCGACUCAUCGCUAUGAAAAGUGUCUUGUGUUGCGCAUCGUGCGCGAUAGAGAUCGCGCGACGGGAACACAUCUUCGCGAUGUCGACUGAGGGCGUGCACUCUAAUUAUACUAAUUUAGGUGGUUUCGUGCACGACAUAAUCACAGUGUCUCGCGUGGCCAAUACGGCGCCCAGCGGAGCCCCGUCGGCGGAGUUCUCGUGGUUCCCCGGAUACACGUGGACCAUUACACUAUGUGCUGCUUGCAUGGCCCACGUGGGCUGGAGGUUCGAUGCACAACGCCGCAACUUGCGUCCUCAGCAGUUCUACGGCUUGUGCCGCAACUACGUGCAGCCGCGCGGCGAAGACGGCCCGCCGUCCCCCUCCUCCCCCUCCACCACCCCGCCGCGGUCCCUCUCCGCGGAGCUGCGCGCCACCAGGCACGCGCUCAGCGCGCUCGUGUACGCGCCGAGCAAUACGCCGCGCGACGCGUAGCAGAGUGACCGACUGCACUGUUCUCGGUAGUGUACAGUAGGCUUAAGGUGACAGCACACAUAUCAACUCUGAAAGGGAUCUUCACUGUAUCGCCUUUUG